CGUUCCGGGUGCCGGCGGAACGUGUGACGUCAGAUCAUCUUUUCCGGAAACGGCGACGACGGCAGAAAGAACCGAGGGGCUGUCGUUGGUGGGCGCGCCUGGAAUCCGAGUGAGGAGAGUGUGACCCGGAAGCGGAAGCGGAUUCCCGUCCCAGGUCCGCUAGGCUUCACACUUGGCACAGGCCCACUGGUGGGCUCCUGCUACCAUGGACCUGUUGUUUGGGCGCCGGAAGACACCAGAGGAACUGCUGAGGCAGAACCAGCGGGCCCUGAACCGUGCCAUGCGAGAGUUGGACCGUGAACGACAGAAGCUAGAGACCCAGGAGAAGAAAAUCAUUGCAGACAUCAAGAAGAUGGCCAAGCAGGGCCAGAUGGAUGCCGUGCGAAUCAUGGCAAAAGACUUGGUGCGCACUCGGCGUUAUGUGCGCAAAUUUGUGUUGAUGAGGGCCAACAUCCAGGCUGUGUCCCUGAAGAUCCAGACACUGAAGUCUAACAACUCAAUGGCACAAGCUAUGAAGGGGGUCACCAAAGCCAUGGGCACCAUGAACAGACAGCUGAAGUUGCCUCAAAUCCAGAAGAUCAUGAUGGAAUUUGAGCGGCAGGCCGAGAUCAUGGACAUGAAGGAGGAGAUGAUGAAUGAUGCAAUUGAUGAUGCCAUGGGUGAUGAGGAAGAUGAAGAGGAGAGUGACGCCGUUGUGUCCCAGGUCCUGGAUGAGCUAGGAUUGAGCCUGACAGAUGAGCUGUCAAACCUCCCCUCUACCGGAGGCUCACUCAGUGUGGCUGCCAGUGGGAAGAAAGCAGAAGCUGCAGCCUCAGCCCUAGUAGAUGCCGACGCAGACCUGGAGGAGCGGCUCAAGAAUCUGCGGAGGGACUGACCACCCUAUACCACCCUGGUGGGAGGCAGGCAAUAGAUGCCCGGCAGCUUUACUGUACUUCUUCUGUAAUAAAGGAUUGGACACUAA